AUGAUGGAAGCGGCUGCAGGGUACCCCUCUGUUUUUGUUGUGGAUCCAACACUAAGGGAUGUUCCCUUUGUGCCACCCAGACGGAGGAGUCCGAAGAAAUGGCAAGCUGGUCAGCUGUUCUUGGGAUUCCUGGUGCUGCUGAUGCUGAGCGGCUUAACCAUCCAAGCCUAUCUCCUGAUUUCCUUUCGCAAGGAACUGGAUACAGCAAUGGAACAGGGAACAACCAAUGCGACUGCUGAAAAAAUUAUACAAGCUCCACCCAAGCUUCCUCUCAAAAGACCAUCUGCUCAUCUGACACUAGAACCCCCUGACACUGCAAUUAUAGAUGGAGUCCUGCAGUGGGAACAUCAGAACGGGUUUGCCUUUUUGCAUGACAUGGACUACAAAGCUGGUUCACUGAUUUGCAACAAGUCUGGCUACUACUACAUCUAUUCCAAGCUCAGCUUGGCAUAUUCAAGCUGUCUAACCAAACACCAGAGAAAUUCCCUUUUCACCCACAGCAUUUACAAAAGGACAUCUCGGUAUCCUAAGGAGCUAUUACUUCUGACCAACUACAUUACCUAUUGCAACUCUAAGGACAGUGAACAGUGGCACGGCAAUAGCUUCCUUGCUGGGAUAGUGUAUCUAGAAGAGGAGGAAGAAGUGUUCAUCAAAGUAACAAACAAGGAGCUGUUGUUGUACAAGGAUGAUUCAGUAUCACAAUUCGGCACCUUCAUGAUCUAAAGGCUUUAAGGUUGCACAUAGACUUGAUUUUAGUUGAGCAAUGAGGAGGGCUCCUUCUUUGUACUGUAGUGGGGUCAUCUCUCAAUGUUGCUUCAGAUGUUUUUCAAAUAUGUUGAAGGAGGGCAAGAGGUCUGCUCAUUUUUUAGAAAAAAAAGUUGUUUGAUAAACUGUUGGUUGGCCAUGAUCAAAAUAAAAAA